UCUCAAUUAGUUCACUGGAGGCACGAAGAUUGUGCUGUUUCUGGAGUCGGCGUGUACAGUGGCGACUUCGGACUUGUAUACGGUGCUCCUUUAAAUUAUGGAAGACGGCGGGAAGCUGACGAUGGAGCUAACCCGGGCUAUAGAUGUAUAGAAGGAAAGAAUGGGUAUGUUUUCCACGAGUCAUGCUGGAAGCUUUUGAACGAGGCCUUCAAGCCAAAGGAAAUUUCCACCACUCGACUCUGGGACAUUUGCAGGUCGAUGCCGCCGUUUGGUGAGCAGCAAAUGGAAGAGGCCAGAGCUUCAGGUUCGAACUACUAUGGUGACUACCGCAAUGUUUCGGAGUAUUUUCUGUGGACAGAUACUCUUGUUGAGAAGGAAGAUGAUUCCCUUGCGGAUCCAUACAAUGUGCCUUUGAUCAAAGACCUUCUAGAAGAAGCUCCUAAAACUCCCAUUCAAGAGCACCCCUUUUCGGUUAUCUCAACCACGUCAGGAGAAAAGGGUGUAAUGGACAAAUUGCCGCAAGAAAUUUGCGACACGAUGGCAACUCUGAUGCCACAAUCAGACCUGUUCAACCUUCGCCUUGCGUCUCGAUCGUUUGCGCAUGUCUUCCGGAACCAAAAUUUCUGGGCUUCUAGGUUUAAACUUCCAGACGGAGAACGCCACUGGCUUUUUGAAUGUCACAACAUCAAUGAACGAGGUUAUAACUGGCAAUGGUUGUAUCAGCGUACACGUGGCUGGGUCAGCUCCAGGACGUUUUCCAACAGGAAGAGAGUCUGGAAGGCAGUUAAUUUGAUCAAAGAUAUAAUGGAUAUUAAUUGGAGGGAAAAUUUCAGUCAUCCCUCCAAUCACGCCCCUUGUGAUGAAAGUAGGUCUAUUUCUGCUGCAUGGACAGAAUAUCACGAUAAACUUUCCCAGCAUGAGAUGUCGACUAGGUCCCACACAUGCUGUUGGCUUUAUAGCCAUAAAGCCAAGAUUCCUGCAUCUGUUUGCCAGUUUAAAUUCUCCUUUGCAAAGCUGGGAAAAGACAGCUAUAUCACUGGAAUCGGUUUUACUUCAUCUAAAGGAGUUUCCAGUGAAAUGGGAUACUGGGCAGAUAAUCAGGUGUUGACUGUGGAAGUCACAGGCUUCAAGGGCUUCAUUGUGGCACUAGAUUCAUAUGGAGUCCGGGCCAUACAGGUUAAGCAGGACCAAACACAUGUUUCCGAAUGGAUUGGCUGUCCAGAUGGCUAUCCGAAAACUAUGAAUUUGGUGACGUCUUGGGAUAUCACAGCAUUAGAAGUUCAAUACGACGGAUGGAAAAUUGUUGGUCUUGUACUCAACACCGACCGACCUACAACUGGUCUGCUUGCGAAAGAGAGAACCCAGCGAGAAACUAAUGUUUGGUACCCUGAUAUCCCGGAAGAGGAUUUAUUAAUCUCCGACUACAGAUGUUACAAGGUAGAACACUUUUCCUCGGAAUAUCCUAACCAUUGGGUUCUGUUUGGAGGUCGCGGUGGCGUUUACCUUCCAAACCUGACUGAGAUUAUUGUAAACAUACAAGGUACUCAGAUAUCUCUCCAAUUCGCUUACAACACGGAUCAGAUCCCAGUUCACAGUCUGGGACCAAUUAGAACGGACAUCAAUGCUGGAUUUAAGACUUAUUGUUUUAAAAUUGACGGACCACGGGGAGAGAGAAUUACAAAUUUGGAAAUUUGCAUCCCGGGAUCUCGCUGUUUCGGCCCACUUCGACUCCUUGCUUUUGGGGUAAGACACCGAAGUAUUUUGGAUGUUUACUUUUCAUUUGAUCUAUACUAA